AGUGUUGUUAAAUGCAAAUGUCAAAAAGCGGAGAUUAGGUUUUUUUUUUGCAUACGGCCUCCAGACAGCGAGGGUGUCAUGGAGUUUUGAAAGCGACAACAAAUAUUGUUUUUUUUUCUUUUAAUAUAUUAUAUUAUAGUGGAGUUUACAUUCUCCACGAAAGUAAAGGGAAUAUUCAGCGAAUGUCCAAUCUCAAAAUAUCUUCACCGCGGUAGGACACAGACGGUGAAAUAAACUACACGCGAGCGUAGUGUUGCGGCAUGGGAGCAAUGCGUGACCAGCGUUAGUCACGUGAUAAGCAAUAUUAAUUGAUGGCUAACCGGGGAACUUGAGACAGCCAGGACAGAGCAACAGGUUUGCUCACCCACUAAAAACUGUUCAGCGGCAAAACACCCACAAACAAUACGAAUUUUAGUCAUGUUCCAAGAAGAGACAAUACAAUACAACAAUGGUUACGAGCAAGUGGUCUAUAUGACACAGGAAGAUGAGUGGGACAGAGACCUUCUGCUGGAUCCUGCAUGGGAGAAGCAACAGAGAAAGACUUUUACUGCUUGGUGCAACUCCCACCUGAGGAAAGCGGGGACUCAGAUAGAGAACAUCGAGGAGGACUUCCGGAAUGGCCUCAAACUUAUGCUCCUACUGGAGGUUAUCUCUGGGGAGAGGCUACCUAAGCCUGACAGAGGAAAAAUGCGCUUUCACAAAAUAGCCAAUGUUAACAAAGCAUUGGAGUACAUCACCAGUAAAGGAGUGAAGCUGGUCUCCAUCGGAGCAGAGGAAAUUGUGGAUGGAAAUUUGAAGAUGACUUUGGGUAUGAUCUGGACCAUCAUCCUACGCUUUGCCAUCCAGGAUAUUUCAGUGGAAGAAACAUCUGCUAAGGAGGGUCUCCUCCUCUGGUGUCAGAGGAAAACCGCCCCUUAUCGGAAUGUUAAUGUUCAGAACUUUCAUUGCAGCUGGAAGGAUGGCCUGGCCUUGUGUGCUCUGAUCCAUAGACAUCGCCCUGAUCUCAUUGACUACGCAAAACUCAAUAAGGAUGAUCCACUGGGUAACCUGAAUUUGGCUCUUGAGGUGGCUGAAAAGCAUCUAGAUAUCCCCAAAAUGCUGGACGCUGAAGACAUUGUCAACAGCCCUAAGCCGGACGAGAGAGCUAUGAUGACCUAUGUCUCAUGCUUCUAUCAUGCAUUUGCUGGAGCGGAACAGGCAGAGACUGCAGCUAACAGGAUCUGCAAGGUGUUGGGAGUGAACCAGGAGAAUGAGAAGCUGAUGGAGGAGUAUGAGAGGCUGGCCAGUGAGCUGCUAGAGUGGAUCAAUCGUACUACGCCCUGGCUCGAGAAUAAGGCCCCAGAAAAGACUAUGAUGGCCAUGAGGCGAAAGCUGGAGGACUUCCGUGACUAUCGCCGUAUGCACAAGCCCCCCAAAGUCCAAGAGAAGUGCCAGCUGGAGAUCAACUUCAACACGCUCCAGACCAAACUCCGCAUCAGCAACCGACCAGCUUAUAUGCCAUCCGAGGGGAAGAUGGUGUCGGAUAUCACCACCUCAUGGAAGGGCCUGGAGCAGGCAGAGAAGGGCUAUGAGGAAUGGCUGCUCACCGAGAUCCGUCGACUUGAGCGACUAGACCAUCUGGCAGAAAAAUUCCGGCAGAAAUCCGCCACCCAUGAAACAUGGUCUGAAGGUAAGGACCUCCUGCUGCUGCAGAGGGACUAUGAGACCGCUUCAUUGACUCAGGUGCGAGCUCUUCUGAGGAGGCAUGAAGCUUUUGAGAGUGACCUGGCUGCCCAUCAAGACCGUGUGGAGCAGAUUGCUGCCAUUGCACAGGAGCUCAAUGAGCUUGACUACCAUGAUUCUGCAACUAUAAAUGAACGCUGCCAGAAGAUAUGUGACCAAUGGGAUCAGCUGGGUACUCUCACCCAGAAGAGAAGAGAAGCCCUGGAGAGAACAGAGAAGCUGCUUGAGACCAUUGACCAGCUGUUCCUUGAGUAUUCCAAGAGGUCAGCGCCAUUUAACAACUGGUUGGACGGUGCCAUAGAGGAUCUGCAAGACAUGUUCAUGGUGCACAGUAUUGAUGAGAUUCAGAGUUUAUUGUCCGCCCAUGAUCAGUUCAAGGCUACGCUGCCUGAGGCAGACGGCGAGCGCCAGGCCAUAUUGGGCAUUUACACUGAAGUUCAGAAGAUUGCACAGAGUUAUGGCAUCUCUGUCAAUCUUACCAACCCAUACAGCGACAUCACCCCGGCUGAUAUCGGGGUGAAAUGGGACAAGGUGAAGAAGUCAGUCCCUCAGAGGGAUGGUUCCUUACAGGAAGAGGUCAAUCGUCAGCACGCCAAUGAGCGAAUGAGGCGUCAGUUUGCUGCCCAGGCCAACGUCAUUGGACCCUGGAUUCAGUCCAAAAUGGAGGAAAUUUCUCGCAGUUCCGUUGAUCUUGGAGGCACUCUGGAAGACCAGAUGAGUCAUAUGAAACAGUAUGAAUCAGUCAUCAUCAACUACAAACCUAAUAUUGACAAGCUAGAGGGAGAUCACCAGCUUAUUCAAGAGUCUCUCAUUUUUGACAACAAACAUACCAAUUUCACAAUGGAGCACAUCCGUGUGGGCUGGGAAGUCGUCCUCACUACCAUUGCCAGGACCAUAAAUGAAGUGGAAACACAGAUCCUAACUCGUGAUGCCAAGGGCAUCAGCCAGCAACAGCUCAACGAGUUCCGUUCAUCAUUCACUCACUUUGACCGGAAGAAGAAAGGUGGCAUGGAAACGGAUGACUUCAGGGCCUGUUUGAUCUCUAUGGGUUACGACCUGGGUGAAGCGGAGUUUGCACGCAUCAUGUGCCUGGUAGACCCCAAUGGCAAAGGCCUAGUGACUUUCCAGGCCUUUGUGGAUUUCAUGACACGGGAGACGGCAGAGACAGACACAGCAGAGCAGGUCGUGGCCUCAUUCAAGAUUUUGGCUGCAGAUAAGCCCUUCAUUCUUCUGGAGGAGCUGCGCAGAGAGCUUCCUCCAGAGCAGGCGGAGUAUUGCAUCAUGCGCAUGCCACCCUACAACGGGCCUGACGGGCCGCCGGGGGCACUGGACUACUCAGCUUUCUCCAGCGCUUUGUACGGGGAGAGUGACCUCUAAUCACUACCCUCAGCAGGGCUCUCUCUCUCUCUCAAGAAAAAAAUCUGACCAGAAUUUGACCUUAGUAUUGUCAGAAUUUCUUUUGUUUCAAUAGCUGUUCCAGUUAUGUUGACACUGACAUUGAAUCAGUCCGAGAUUGUAGUAAAUUUGAAAGCAAUUUGAAAGAAUAAUGAGGAUCUAAUCAAUAAAUAUGUUACAGAGUUGUGUUUAUUGAA